AUGGAUUGCUGUUUCUCUUUGACAGGGUUUCUUCACUUAUCAGUCUAUGGCAAAGGCAACACCUUCCUUGAGGGUCAUCUGGACAUUUCACAGUCUUCACUUAGCGAGCAGUGGAGAAGUCUGUCGUUCUGUCCUUCUCAUUCAGAAGAUGAAUCGAUGGAAAAACACCUCACGCUUUCAGGAACACCCGGAGUGGGUUUCACGGUGGAAGCAUCUCAAGACAAUGGAAUAGGCCUCGAUGAUCCUAAAGAGUUCGAAAUAAAUGAACGGAAUACUGUAAAUGUCUUUCAGUUUAUCCCUCCUAAAGACAUCUCAAAGACGCAGCUUGAUAUAACGGUUACUUCCGACUCGGAUGUGCCCUCUUACUUGAAAGUUUCACGAAACUGUCAGGACGUUAAGGACAACAUAAGACUUGUGGAUUAUAGAGGCGAGUCUAUCCGUCUUACUUUUGCGAAGAAAGGACGUAUCACUUUAUCCAAGGCAUCUAUUCCUUCUCUGGCCGACUCAACAAGCUGGUACAUUGGUAUUGCCUUAAAUAACGCUGCAGGUUCCAUGCCAUUAAAUGCAAGUAAAACUGGAACCUUGACUUUGACAAAAUCAUUUAAUUACUCGUACGCGGCACCUGUGAUAUUCAUAUUUUUGUUCCCCUUUUGCUUGGGUUCAGUUCUCGCUUGGUGGGCGUUGAAGUGCUUCAAAGAGCCCCACGUUACUCCACUGAAUGUUGAUACCACUGAACCAGACCGUAAGGACGUCUGGAAAGCCAUGAAGGAAGUUUUCCGUAACCACUGGUUUGCAGGAGAGCCCAAAACGUACUCGUACAUAACUUGCAUUGUCGGAUGCGUCUUGAUGGUGGGAGCGUUUCAGUUUGUGUUUGCUAAUUGGUGGUUAAUGAUUGAAGAAGGCGAUAGAGACAACUGUUAUUAUAACGACUUUUGCUACAGGGUAUGGCUUUGGGAUCUUCCAUUUAAUUUAAUGAGUAGCAAUGUUGCCUAUAUAAUGAAUGCCUUUGUUUUAGCAGUGUCUGUUUUGUAUAUGGAAGCAGAAUUACUGGUUCGCUGUAAAAGCAUAGCUCAUAUCCACCAAGCAGAGUCAACAGAUAAGAAUUUACCAGACCACGUGUUGAUAUGUCCUAACAUUGCCCCUCACCUUGCUUCCAUGAAGGUCCCAGAGCAUCACGUUGAAGAAUGUCAUCACGCAGAGGCAUUCAAGAGCGGAUUUUCUUUUACCAUAGGGUACGCUUUUGCCUGGGCGUUGCUUUUCGAGGGAUCUUUCUCAAUGCUCUAUCAUCUCUGCCCAAGUAAGAUGACAUUUCAGUUCGAUACGGCAUUUAUGUUCGUUAUCUCAGGUUUAAUUGUCGUUGUAAUGUAUAAUGGCAUUAAGAUAAAAAACUGCCUGGCAGAUGGAAAGGCGAGAGGUCACGUGGGAGCAACAAACUUCUUCCUUGCUUUUGUAGUUCCACUCUAUUUUUUAAACUAUCUCGGUUCACUAGCUCACUCCAGGGAAGGGUUAAUCCCAACGUGGGUUUGGGGUAUACUCCUUUUUUUAUGGUGUCUCAUUAUUUUCAUUUGGGUUAGCUAUAAAUUGUACUUUAACGAUUGUUACCCUCGGAAUUGGUCUAGACAGUGUAUCGAAGAAUCCAAAUGUAAAUUUGCUUUCCUUCUCCUUAGUCUGAUCUCAGGUGCCGUUGCGUUACCAGUGGCUGCGAAUUUUUUGGGCCUUCCACUAGCGCUUCUGAUCACUUGCAUUUUAGAGAGCACACUCGCUAUUUCUGCAAAAGCGUUCUUGAAAUUAACUCCAAUUGAGGAAGUCAUGGAACGCUUGAAAUCGUCUGUUUGUGCUGUGAUUUACGCAUUGAUAGCCUCGUGUGUUGCAAUUGCCGCCUUCGUAUUUUUCUUGGCGUUUCCGACAACAGAUAAAGCAGAUUCUCCCGAGCAAUCUCGUAAUAGGAACCAAGAAUGUCUUUGGGGGUUUGAUUUCUUCGACUACCACGAUCUUUGGCAUAUCUUGUCUUCAUUUGCCCUGCACAUGGGAACACAUAUCGUGAUGUAUGUUAGCAAUUUUGCCGCUCCAACAGCCUAA